GCGCGUCAGGAGCGCACCGACAGGCCGCUUCUCAUCCGAGCUCUCAUCACACGCGCACAGCUUUAUUAAGAGGCGAUGCCCGAAGGGGGAGGGGCCACACUUUCUUUCCCGUUGGAGUAUGGUGAUAGAUAAGUAUAAGACCCCCCGCGAGAAUGCGAUCACAUUGGAAAAAAACAAGGCAUUGUGUGGCUUUCUCUCGCUCCAGCCCGGAACGCACCGACAUGCAGCGGCUCAUCCUGCCCGUUCUCCUGGCAUCCUUCUGGACAACCUGCUCAGGAUCCGGAGACUGGUGCUAUCAUUCCCAGUUCACCUGCAACCAUCAGUGCAACGUGCCAGAAAAAUGGAACCUUGCCGACCAAGUCUGCGCGGGAGAAUUCCAGUCGCCCAUCAACAUCGUGACCAGAAAGACGCUGAAAGAUGAGCGUCUGACUCCGUUACAGUUCAAGAACUACCAGCAGACCUUCAGCGGCACCAUCGAAAACAACGGACACUCGGUCGUGGUCCAGGUUCCUCAGAACUCCACCAUCUCGGGCGGAGGUCUGCCCGUCACCUACAAGGCGGUGCAGUUCCACCUGCACUGGGGCAAAGACGGAGGGCCGGGAUCCGAGCACACCGUCGACGGGGAGCGAUAUCCCAUGGAGCUGCACAUCGUUCACAUGAAGAGCCAUUACGAAGAUCUGCCCACGGCGCUGAGGGACCGAGAAGGAGUCGCCGUUCUUGGAUUUUUCUAUGAGAAAUCCAACAGUGCAAACAGAAAAUAUGACUACAUCAUUAACGCUCUACGCAAAGUCAAGGCUACAAAAGGAAACACCUCCCUUCAGCCCAUAUCCCUGGCUCAGCUGAUCCCGUCCGAGCAGAACAUGACCUCUUACUACCGUUACAAAGGCUCUCUGACCACGCCGGGCUGCGCAGAGUCUGUGGUGUGGACAGUGUUCGAGAACCCCAUUCCCCUGAGCCUGGAACAGCUGCAGGCCUUUUCUGAGCUCCAGUUCGGCGACGGGAAGCCGAUGACGGAGAACUUCCGGCCGGUGCAGCCCCUCAACGGCCGACAGGUGUUCCGCUCGGGCGGCGCGGCGGUCCUGGCCAGCUCCGCCCUCCUCCUGGCCGCCACGGCCGCCGCGCUGGGACUGUCCCGGCCCAACUAG